CUCGGGAACUCGUGCUUCCUGAACGCGAUUCUCCAGGCGCUGACGCACACGACGCCGCUGUUGGAGUUGUGCCGCGUCGGCGCGCACGGACGGUCGUGCGCGCUCAGGCGCGUUCUCCUCACGCCGGUUCCCGUCUUCGGGAACCUCCACCUCCUCGCGCGGCACUUCACGCGCGGCCGGCAAGAAGACGCGCACGAGCUCUUGCGUCUGUGCCUGGAGAGCAUGGACGAGAGUUGCCUCCUCAACGCGGGGCGCGCGCCGCCGACGGUCGUGGAGCGCAUCUUUCAGGGCGCGUUCCGGAACCAGGUCAAGUGCGGCGCGUGCGGCGCGAAGAGUAACGCGUACGAUCCUUUCCUCGACGUGUCUCUGGAGCUCCCGAGGAGGGUCCACCGCGUGCGAGACGCGCUCGAGCUGUUCACGAAGGAGGAGACGCUGGAGGGCGAGAACGCGUACAAGUGCGAGGCGUGCGACGCGCUGCGGCCGGCGACGAAGCGGCUCACGAUUCACGAGGCGCCCGCGGUGCUCGUGAUACACCUGAAGCGGUUCGACCUCUUCGGCGGGAAAAUCUCGCGACCGGUGGCGUUCGACGACGUCGUGGAGCUCUCCGGGCACAUGUCCGAUACCGCGGUGGAGUCGCGCGGGCCGCGGUACCGUCUGUACGCGAUGGUCGUCCACGCUGGGAGCAGCGUCGGGUGCGGGCACUACUACGCGUACGCGCGCGCGAGCGGCGGCGGCGGCGGCGGCGGCGGCGCGGCGGCGGAGGAAGACUCGUUUUACGGGACCCGAUCCUCCGGCGACGACUGGUACCUGUUCGACGACGCCGUGGUUCGACCCGUGAGCGCGCGCGAGGUGUUCGACGACGAGGCGUACGUCUUGUUUUAC